AUGAAUGAGCCAGAAAGUCUUUCCAAUCUUCUGCAAGUAUGUGCCCGCAAAACAGAAGAUUUUUGUGCGGCAUCUGGACUGCAAGCACAUGGUAUGGUUGAUGGAGAUAGAGGAAGCAGCCAGGAAGAUGUUCAGCAAUGACUUUACUGCUGAGCCAGAAUUGAUGCCAAAGACACCGUCUCAAAAGAGACGCCGAAAGAAAAGAAUCUCUAUUGUGCCUGAUGAAAAUAGGGAUCCGAGUGGGCGCAGGAUAUCCAGGAGACGAAGCAGUGCCAGCUGGAGCUUAUCUGUGCGUAGGCUCUCCACCAAACAUAUUAACAAACCACUUAAUGAAUCCAUUCAGGAGGAUGCUGAC